UUCUGAUUUUCCGUACAAUAACUUCCUUAGUAAUAUGUCACAGUUAUGUAACAUGUUACUGAAUACAAUGCUACCAAAAACAAACAUUACCCAUUACCACAAAUACACUGCUCAAUUUCAGUCAUCCUUCUUAACUCGUCGCUACUCUAAUUUAUCUCCCCCAAAACACUUUCAGUUAAAUGAAAAACAAUCCAUUAAAUUUCUUGUUUACUGCAAUUCCUUGAUCACAAAACAUGGAAACAAUGGAAACAUUGAAGAAUCAGAAUCGAUAUUUAACCGCAUGCCGCAUAAAAACGCAAUAACUCACACUUCAUUGCUCACAGCUUAUGCCAAAAAUGGCCAAAUUUCGAAAGCCAGGAAACUGUUUGAUGAAAUGCCUGAACGAACUGUAGCUACUUAUAAUGCUAUGAUUACUGCUUAUACUAAGAACAAUUUUAUGGUAGAUGAGGCUUUUAGUUUAUUUUCAUCCAUGAAUGAUAAGAAUGAGGUGUCAUAUGGGGCAAUGAUCACUGGGUUUUUACGGGCAGGAAUGUUCGAAAAAGCGGAGAUUUUGUGUCGUGAAAUGCCUGUUAAGUGGCGGGAACCGGGUUGUUCCAAUGCUAUGAUAAGUGGGUAUCUAAAAGUUGGGAGAUUGGAAGAGGCGAUUCGGGUUUUUGAGGGUAUGGUGGAGAAAGAUGUUGUUUCCUGGAGUUGUAUGGUUGAUGGGUAUUGCAAGAAGGGGAGGGUUUCUGAGGCUAGAGAGUUGUUUGAUAGGAUGCCAAUGAGAAAUGUGGUUACUUGGACGGCUAUGAUUGAUGGUUAUAUGAAUGUCGAGUAUUUCGAAGAAGGGUUUGAAUUAUUUCUAAGUAUGAGAAGAGGAGAUGUUGCUGUUAAUCCUCUUACCUUGACUAUAAUGUUUGAAGCUUGUCGGAGAUUUGGAGUGUAUAGAGAGGGAAUCCAGAUUCAUGGUUUGGCUAUGCGUAUGGGAUUUGAGUUUGACAUUUUUUUGGGCAAUUCUAUCAUAGCAAUGUAUUGUCGAUUUGGCUGUGUGGAUGAAGCAAAUAGAGUGUUCCAGAUGAUGAAUACGAAAGACGUGGUUUCUUGGAAUUCAUUGAUUGCUGGUUAUGUUCAAAAUGAUAAAUUUGAGGAAGCUUAUGAACUUUUUGAGAUUCUUCCAGGAAAAGAUGUAGUUUCUUGGACAACUAUGAUUACUGGAUAUUCUGCUAAAGGGAAUGUUCAGAAAGCCAUUGAAUUGUUUCAAACUAUGCCUAAGAAAGAUAGUAUAGCUUGGACUGCUGUCAUUUAUGGUUUUAUCAGUAAUGGCGAGUAUGAGGAGGCUUUUCAUUGGUUUAUUGACAUGCUUAGGCAAGCAGUGAAGCCAAACUCACUAACUUUCAGUAGUAUGCUUAGUGCUUCAGCUAGUUUGGCUUCAUUAAACGAAGGUUUGCAAAUCCAUGCGCAUGUACAGAAGAUAGAUAUGCAAUUUGAUUUGUCUAUUCAGAAUUCACUAGUGUCAAUGUACUCAAAAUGUGGAAAUGUUUCUGAAGCGUACCGAGUCUUUGCAAGUAUUAAUGCACCCAAUGUUAUUUCUUUCAACUCAAUGAUCACUGGGUUUAGCCAAAAUGGGUAUGGAGAACAAGCUCUUAACCUAUUUAGUAAAAUGCAAAAAGACAGGCAGAAGCCUAAUGAUAUAACAUUCCUCGGUAUUCUAUCAGCUUGUACUCAUGUAGGAUUAGUGAAGAAAGGAUGGGAGUAUUUUGAUCUGAUGAAAUCCGUCUACAAUAUUGAACCCGGGCUAGAUCAUUAUGCAUGCAUGGUUGAUCUCCUUGGGCGAGCUGGAUUCCUAAAUGAUGCAAUUAAUUUAAUCGACUCAAUGCCAUUUGAGCCCCAUUCUGGUGUUUGGGGAGCUCUGCUUGGUGCCAGUAGGAUUCAUUCUCGCCUUGACCUUGCAAAUCUGGCAGCUCAACACCUUACUAAACUAGAGCCUGAUAAUGCAACUGCAUAUGUGGUAUUGUCUGGUAUAUAUAAUAGUGUAGGAAAAGAGAAGGAUGGAGAUCGAAUUAGAAUGAUGAAAAAAUCAAAAGGGCUAAAGAAGAGUCCAGGUUGUAGUUGGAUUAUAUUGAAUAACAAGGUUCAUUUAUUUCUUGCCGGAGAUAAAUCCCACAUGGAUUUGGAAGAAAUCAAAGGUACAUUAUUCAUACUAACAAAGGAAAUGAAUGGCUUGGAUUUCUAUGAAAAUUGACAUUUGGUUAUCUAUUAUCUCGCUGUAAUUAGUUAAGAAUUGAAAGCUUGGGGUAUUCUUUGAGAUUCUUUUCAGAAGAGAUUUUGCUCUCCUAAUUUUUGUGCUGGAGGAUCAAGAAAUACUAUAAAUCACGAGAAGAAAGCCAGAUUAGAACAUAAGUACGGUUUUCUCUGUAUUUGUCAGCUGGACAGGUGUGCUUACCAUUAGUUAAGAUUGGUUCUUGUUCAUAUCCCCGUAAAAAUGCUUACUCUAGUGAGCAAAGUUGAUAUCCCGAUGGACAUUUCUUUCUCCGAUGUUGUUGGCUGUUGUUGAUGUUGAUGUUCAGAAGCAUCAGAAGCCUUAGAGCCAUAAAGGUGCUUCGGAGAAAUCUUGAUCGACAAUAUGCUAUAGCUAUAACUUGAGUGAAAAGCAGCAAAGAUGGAUCAGUUGAUAUUGUAAUCUGAAAAUCAGAAGGAGAAAGAGACUUGGCGAAGCAAUCUGCUAACUGAUCGGCAGAGAUGAGCAAUGCCUUGAUGAACCUUUUCUUUGAUCACAUGGCAAAUAGUCUCAAAGCAAUCUCCUUCAAGCUGCAUACACAUUAUGAUUGCAAAGCUUAGAAACUGUAAUCUGAAAAUCAGAAGGAGAAAGAGACUUGGUGAAGCAAUCUGCCAAGUGAUUGGCAGAGAUGACUAGUCAGAGGUGAGCAAUGCCUUGAUGAACCUUUUCUUUGAUCACAUGGCAAUUAGUCUCGAUAUACUUGGUGCGUUCGUAAAACACGGGGUAGUGAGCAAUGUGAAGGGUAGAUUGAUUGCCACAUAAAACUAAAGCAAGGGUUGAGUGAGUAACUUGAAGAUCAGCAAGCAAAAACACUAGUCAUUGAUGGAACGCUAGGAAAUCAAGGAAGCACCCAAAAAGUAAACUAAUGUCUAUGACGGAAUAGACAUCAGUUUUGGUAUGAGGAUCGAGUUUGAUAUUUUCUUUUAAGAGAAAAUUGUAAAAACGAUAAAAAAAAAUUAACAUAUUUAAUAAUUUCAAUAAAUUUAAAUUAUUGAUUA